GCGCCGGGGAUGGGCAGCGAGAACGCGCCCAGGAGCAGCUCGGGCCCCGCCGGUCCUCCCCGCUCCCGCGCCCGCUGCUGCUCCUGCCCCGCCGCCCCCCGCGCUCCGGGGGCAGCGCCGCCGCCGCGCUCCCCGCAGCCCCCGCCUCGGACGGAACAAAUUAUGACAUCGACGUCUAAAGGAAUUUUCCGGCCAUUUUUUAUUGUCUUCAUUGUCCUUGGUUGCUUCAUGGCCUUUAUAUUAAUUUAUAUCAAACCAACAAAUAGCUGGAUCUCUGGUCCUAUAGAAUCAGCCAGUUCAGUUUUGAAAAUGAAGAGUUUCUUUUCUUCCAAAACUGAUAAUCUUAAUGAAACCACUGUUUUGAUCUGGGUUUGGCCAUUUGGUCAGACUUUUGAUCUAUCAUCCUGCCAAACAAUGUUCAACAUCCAUGGGUGCCAUCUGACUAUUGACCGCUCACUAUAUAACAGAUCCCAUGCUGUUCUCAUUCAUCACAGGGACAUCAGCUGGGAUCUGACUAAUUUACCUCAGCAAGCCAGGCCACCAUUCCAGAAGUGGAUCUGGAUGAACUUGGAGUCUCCAACUCACACUCCACAAAAGAGUGGCAUUGAACACCUCUUUAACCUGACCCUGACUUACCGGCGUGAUUCAGAUAUUCAGGUGCCUUAUGGCUUCAUGAUGGUGGGAACAAGUUCCUUGACAUUUGAAGUGCCAAGUAAGGAAAACUUGGUCUGUUGGGUUGUAAGUAACUGGAACCCUGAGCACGCUCGAGUCAAGUAUUACAAUGAGCUUAGCAAAUACAUUGAAAUCCACACCUAUGGGCAAGCCUUUGGAGACUAUGUCAAUGACAAAAACUUGAUCCCAACUAUCUCCACUUGCAAAUUCUACCUUUCCUUUGAAAAUUCCAUCCACAAGGAUUACAUCACUGAGAAACUUUACAAUGCUCUUCUGGCCGGAUCAGUACCAGUUGUACUGGGCCCCUCCAGAGAAAACUAUGAGAAUUACAUUCCAGCAGACUCUUUCAUACAUGUGGAAGACUUUCUCUCCCCUAGAGAGCUGGCAGAGUAUCUUCUCAUGCUAGACAGAAAUAACAAGAUGUAUCUUAGCUAUUUCAACUGGAAGAAGGAUUUCUCAGUGCAUCUUCCUAGGUUCUGGGAAUCACAUGCAUGUCUUGCUUGCGAUCAUGUGAAAAGACACCAGGAAUACAAAUCCAUUGGAAAUUUAGAGAAAUGGUUUUGGGAUUAAUUUGUGUGCGUGUGUGUGCACUUUUUAAAAGAAGCCAGAGGAAACUUCAGACCAAGUGGAGAGAAAAGGAAAAGAGAUGGAAAAGGAAGGAAAAGACAGACGUAUGUCAUGGGUUAUCAGCUGUCCUCUCUUGGUUCUCCUAUUUAUAUUUUGUAAGAGAUUUUAAAGUGUCAGCAGCAGCAGUCAUCAAUACUCAGUUUUAAAUUAUAAUGUACAUACUAAUUAUGUGCACUGAAGAAUAUUUGAUAGUUUACUAUAAUUUUUAAACAAGAUUUCCCACUAUUUCUGUGAAUUAUGUUCCAGCCUUAAUGUAGUAAUGGUUAACAUUUCUUUUUUUAACAUUACAUUUGCUGUUUCACCUAUCUGGAAAAUGAGGACACAACUUCUAAAUGCCAGAGAGAACUUUAAGAAAGUAAUGUGGUGUUCCAGUCUGAAAUGUGUGUAAUGUUACAAAGGACAGUAGAGGUUUUUAUGGUUCAUCUUGCUUCUUAAGAACAUGGUAAAAUUCAAUGCCUAACAUUAUUCCAGCAGGAUCAGUUGCACCCUUUUUAAGGGUACUGAACCUAGAAAUGUAGUUUUUAAAAGGUGUUGCAAUAACAGACAGUCUUUGUUUCUCAAAAUGUUUCCUAACAUUCUUCCAUUGAGUUGUUUUAGGAUUACAUCUGUUCUUACCCUCUCAAGAAUAAAGAAAUCAGAUAUAGAGAAGAUGAACAAUUUUAAUGAUUACAGCCCGGAUUCAUGCAGGUUUUGGGUGUACUUAAGUCUCACCGUGCCUCAGGUGUUGUUUGCAGGGGCCAGGGCUGUAAGUGGUGUUAGCUGCUACAAAGAUGAAGAGAUCUGAACAGAAGCCUUUGAUUACAUCGGCCUCUUGCACUGAACCCAGCUGGCAAUAACAGAUGUUUAGAGGCAGCUUGCUGAGAAGUUUUUGCAGUUUCUCUCAUAUAAUUUUUUGAAUAGUUGUAGCUGGACAACUUGCCAUGACUCAUGAAUCUGGAGAAAAAUAAGACCAAACAGUGGGUUUUUGAAAAUACAUAGGCUGAGAUUUAGUAAAUAAGUUGCCAGGCUGACAAUUUCAACCAUUCAACUGUUCAGACUAAUGAAUUUGAGGGGUUUUAAUGUAUUUUAUGUGACAGGUAUGAACAUGCACCCUUAAAAAUAGCAGUUGCUAUCAAAAUCUCAGUAUAUAAAUAGGAUCUCAAGUAACAAAUUAGUAAGUAUUAGAACAUGAUGAUUGUUUGAAAUGCCCACUUUUAACAUGCAUAAUUUGAUUUUAUUACUUUUUUCUUUCAGCUAAGACUUAAAUAUCUGAUUGCAGUAUACAUUUGUAUAUGCAAGGUUGUUUCAAUGACAUAAGCAUAUGGAUACAGGUCG